GAUUUUUUGAAUUUUGUGAGGUAAAUGUUAUUUAAAUUUUAUAAGAUAUCUUAAAGUUUGUUUCGAACAUAUCUAAGUUUGUCCGUGAAGCUGCACUAAAAGUAGUAUUAAAUCUUAGCUGUCUGUUUUCUGAGUUCAAAUGAUGUCCACUUUUGCGGCAGAAAAAGUCAACCAUCAGGUUGGUUUCAUGAUUAUUCAUGAAAAAGGAGGUUUAAUUUCAUCUGGUGGUGAAUUGGAAUAUAAUGAAGCAUUAGCUGACCUCUUUUAUAAAAUGGUUAAGGAAGGAACAGAUAAAAGAUUGCUCACUCUGUCCGAGAAUGAAGGUGGAUUUAAGAAGCUAACAGUUCAAUUUGAGGAUCAUUUUUAUGUGGUUGCAGUAUCUAACAAGAAGAUUCAUGUUGUGAAAAGGAAAUACUAUCCAACUGACCCUGCCUUAGUAUGAAAAAGAAAUAAUGUUUAUUUGUAAAUAGAAGAUGUAUAAAUGAAAUUCUAAUAUUGUCUUAAUUCAUGUGUAAUUUUUUGCUUUUAUAUUUCUGAAUUAAAAAUGUAUUUUGAACCGUU